GAGAGCGACGUAAGAUUCUAGCUGGUAGGAUUUACCACAACGUCAGUUACACGGUCACGCUCGUAGAGACGACUCGCUUCCCUAGUCACGCUCCGAUCCUUGGUCGUUUGAUUUUUCUUUCCGUUGGCAGAGUUUCACGUCAUUAUCACACCCAAGUUCAACAUUUGAAUAAGACUACGAAAGUCUUGUCCGCCAAAGAUGCCGCCGGGUACCGGUGGAAUGAAAAAGACGACCGGUCCUGUCUGGCUUUUCAUCGUCUGUUUGACAAUUGUACUGCCGAUCGUUUUGGCUCAAAUUCCGCAGGCCAAGACCAAUGUCCGUGAAAAGGAAAAGCAAAUUCUGGACAAAAUCCUACAACCGAACCUUUACGACAGGAGAAUCCGUCCGUCGGGCGCAAACGGAACAGAUGGACCGACCAUUGUCGUCAUCAAUUUGAUGUUCCGCAGUUUCCCGACCAUCAGCGACAACAAAAUGGAGUAUUCAACGAUUUUGACGUUCCGCGAAGAGUGGCUCGACGAGAGGCUGAAGUAUAACGAUUUCAACGGGAAAAUUAAAUACCUUACGCUGACGGACCCCUACAAAGUUUGGAUGCCCGACCUCUUCUUCUCCAAUGAGCGCGAGGGACACUUCCACGACAUCAUCGUUCCCAACGUUUACGUCCGCAUCUUUCCCAACGGCGCGGUCCUCUACAGUAUUCGAAUUUCGCUGACGUUAUCGUGCCCGAUGAAUCUCAAGCUCUACCCGCUCGACCGUCAAACAUGCACUCUCUCCAUGAUCAGCUAUGGAUGGACUACCGAAGACCUGGUCUUCCAGUGGAAGCAGAUUGAUCCUGUUCAAGUGGCGAGAAACAUGCAUCUUCCUCGUUUCAUCCUCGAGAAGUUCCAGACUGAUUUAUGCAACAGCAUAACCAACACAGGCGAAUACUCGUGUCUGAAAGUGAACCUGCUCUUCAAACGCGAGUUUUCCUACUACCUGAUCCAGAUCUAUAUCCCCUGCUGUAUGCUGGUCAUAGUCUCGUGGGUUUCAUUUUGGCUGGAUUCGAAUGCCGUUCCGGCUCGAGUCUCACUCGGAGUCACCACUCUGCUGACCAUGGCCACUCAGACCACUGGCAUCAAUAACUCGCUCCCGCCCGUCUCAUACACUAAAGCCAUCGACGUAUGGACGGGUGUUUGCUUAACAUUCGUGUUUGGUGCUCUGCUAGAGUUCGCUCUGGUCAAUUACGCGUCUCGUUCAGACGCUCACAGAGAGAAGCUCAAGAAACAAAGACGUCAAUGGGAAAUGGAGCGAGAACGGGACCAACAAGCGAUGGUAAUGGAGGCCGCUGCAGCUGCGGCCGUCGUGGAAAGCCGCAUGGACGACGGCUCGACUACGUUUGCCAUGAAGCCGUUGCCACGGUUGAGGAACGACGGUAUUACGUUGGACAAGUCACGCCCUUUGCAUUCGUCAUAUGAUUUUCAUCUCGGCAUCCGGAGCUCUUCGGUGGGUAACAACUCCAACUGUUGGCGAUCAUGGAUCUCCAAAUUUCCGUCGCGCUCCAAACGCAUUGAUGUCAUUUCUCGCAUUAUCUUCCCUGUUAUGUUCGCCCUUUUUAACCUGAUCUACUGGUCCACCUACCUCUUUCGCGAAGGAAGCGAAGAAGAGUAGAGAUAAUAUUUUAAAAAGCGGAGCAAUGGGAUAAGAGAAACUGUAUUUCUCGUGAGUCCCGUUCUCUUCCGUUGUUUUCACGACAUUCGGUGAUGUCGCGCUCAACCAUUUUUGCCAAAGCCAAAGAGGUUGAUUACAAAACAGGAAAACAAAAAGGUAUUGACAACACUGCUCAGAUUUUUGAAUUUCUAUGUGCUGUAAUGACGCUUAAUCGUCAACGUGCGUACCAAAAGAAAUCUAUUCGAUUCAAAAAAUUUUUUUUAUAAAUUCGUUACGAUCUCGUGACAAUCUUCCCCCAC